ACUAAACAUUCAGCAAAGCUGGAUAGGUACAGGGGCGACCGCUAUGGCAACAGCAACAACAAUAGUAACAACCAAGAAUCUUACUACAAUAACAACAACAACAACAACAACCGUCACUCUCGAGGCCCCUCGCGUUUCUCUGACGCGCCUCCCAUGAACCGCUACGGCGGAAAAAACAGCAACAACAACAACAACAACAACAACAGUAAUUUCGACGACAAGUUCGAUAACCAAGAUUUCUAUCAUCACCGUCGUCGUAGCCCUAGCAACUUCCGUGGCAGUGGAGGAGGAGGAGGAGGGCAUCGCCUGUUCGACAGUCCUCCUCGUCAGCAUCACGGUGGCGGAGGAGGAGGUUUUCGGCCAAUGGGUGGUGGUGGUGAUGGUGGGGGAGAGUUUCGGCCUAUGGGUGGGGGUUUUGAGGGUAAUUAUCCAUCUCCUCCGCCGCAGCAACCUCAUACGGGACAGAAACGCGCGUAUCCUUUCUCUGGCCGUGGAGGAGGUUCUCCCAAUAGAGAUCGAUUUGGUGGAGGUGGCGGCAAUUUUGCCAAACUUUUUGUGGGAUCUGUACCAAGGGGAGCCACUGAAGAGGAUAUUCGGCCCUUAUUUGAAGAACAUGGAAAUGUGAUAGAGGUUGCUUUAAUCAAAGAUAAAAAAACUGGACAACCCCAAGGAUGUUGUUUUAUAAAAUAUGCAACCUUAGAAGAAGCAGAUAGGGCUAUUAGAGCCUUGCACAAUCAACAUACUCUGCCUGGGGGAAUGGGUCCUAUCCAAGUCAGAUAUGCUGAUGGGGAACGAGAGCGCCUUGGUGCAGUGGAGUACAAAUUGUUUGUUGGGUCACUCAACAGACAAGCUACUGAAAUGGAUGUUCAGGAAAUUUUUUCUCGUUUUGGUCGAGUUGAAGAUGUUUACCUCAUGCGUGAUGAAUUGAAGCAGAGUCGUGGAUGUGGAUUUGUUAAAUACUCUGAUAGAGACAUGGCAUUAGCAGCUAUAGAUGCUCUCAAUGGAAUUUAUACAAUGAGAGGUUGUGAUCAACCAUUAACUGUCCGUUUUGCUGAUCCCAAGAGGCCCAGGCCUGGAGCUGGAGACUCAAGGGGUGGUGCUCCUACAUUUGGAGGUCCAGGUUUUGGUCCUCGUUUCCCGGCACCAGGGCCUAGACCAGCACCCAACUUCGGUGAUGCAAUGGGGGAUAAUGUUCCACCUAAUCCUUGGCACCCUAUGAGUCCACAGAAUAUGGGACCAACUCCUGGUAUUCGCAGUAUGGGGAGUCAGUUGCUCCCUAGGUCUGGUGACUUAGCAAUACCUUUAAAUCCAGGUGGUCCUUUCGGUGGCCCUUCAGAUGGUUCUUUUCCUGGCCCUGCAGUUUCAUCUUCUUCUACUUCACAACAGGGAUUUAAUCAACCUUCACCACAAGUUCCGACAGUAGGUCAGCAAAUUUCACCUUUACAGAAGCCUCUUCAAUCACCUCAGGGUCUACCUCCCUCAUUUCAACUACACCCUCUAGCACCGGUGUCAUACUCACAGUCACAGGCAUUGCAUGUUGGUCAACUACAUGUUCCUGUUUCUGCUACUCAGUCACCCUUCAGUCAAGCUCCUCCCUCACAACAUUUAGUUAGUUUGAGUGGCCAGUUGCCUGCUUCUCGGCCUCAGAUGCAGCAGAAUGCUUCAUCUGCUGCAGCGCUACAAAACCCUUUGAGUGUCAACUUACCCCCCAAUUUACAGCCCAACUCUGUACCCACUACAGCAAAUCAACAACAGUUGCCUGUUCCUAUGCAGCAGCAACUGCUGCAACCACUUCAGCAGUCCCCUUCUCAGCUAGCUCAGAUGCUUUCUCAGCAAACACAAACAUUGCAAGCAAGCUUUCAAUCAUCUCAGCAGGCAUUUUCCCAGCUGCAGCAACAAUUGCAGCUGAUGCAACCUUCAAAUCAAAAUAUGACGUCGCAACAGAAUUCACAGGCUUCUAAACAGCAGUGGGCUGGGAUGACACCACAGACUGCUGGCAGCACUCCUGCUAGUACACCUAGUACAGAUGUCCCUUCAUCUGCAUCUGCUCCUGCUGCACCUGUUAUGACACCGACAGUAACUCCGGGGGAAUGUCAUUGGACAGAGCAUACUUCUCCUGAUGGAUUCAAAUACUAUCAUAAUAGUCUAACACGUGAAAGCAGGUGGGAGAAGCCUGAAGAAUUGGCUUUGUUUGAACAACGGCAACAACAACAACAAAAGCCACCUGUUCAACAGCCUCAAACUCAGUCACACCCUCCUCAGCAAGCUUCACAAGCACAACAAGUGCAGCUUCAGACCCAGCUUCAAACACAGAUCCACCAUCCUCCACAGUUACAGCAACCCUUUUUUCCUUCAGCGUACUCAGCUUCUGGAGUUAGAAAUCAACAAAAUACACAGGAACUUGGUUAUGGACAAUUACCAGUUGCACCAUCACCCAAUAAUCCAACACGCUUCCAACAGGGGCUUCAGACUCUGCAGGAUUUGGCAUGGAAGAAUAAGCCAUAAGGAAUAUAAACUGGAAAGCUGAGGUGAGCCUGCUGAUGGGAAACUAGUUUCCUCUUGGAGAAUGCUGGUGACGAAAAUAACCGUUAGUGAUGACAAGGUCAUGGAUGCAGCAGCAAACUGCUUGAGGCUCAAAUGCCAGAAAGCAGAUGUGUAAUAGUAGCUUUUAGCCCUCUUCCUCAGCAGUAGUCAAUAGUUUUAUCUUUUCAUAAAUAUAAAUGGGAAGGCCUUUGCUUCCUGCUGUUACUGGCAUUUUGAGCUUCUGUGCCAUUAAAAUUAGGGCAAUCAAUGCCAUCAACUCUGUAAUAGCAUUUGUAUUUGUGUAACAUAAUAUUAGUGGCCAUAAUCAGAUGCUUAGAU